AUGUCGGGUGGUUGGGACAUCAGGGUGCUCAACCAGCCGGCCCAAUGGCCCGACAUGAACGUUCUUGACCUCGGCUUUUUCAACACUAUUCAAGCACCUCAGCAACGAAUGGAAUGCUCGUCCAUUGAAGACCUGGUGUGCGUCGUCGAGCAGUCUUUUGAAGACUUGGCGCCGUCGACGCUGGACAAGACCUAUGGGACUCUGCUUCGUGUGUUCCAAGCGUGCCUAGGCUGGGAGGAAGAAGAUCGUCUCGAUGAGCUGUGCAACCUGGUCAAUGGCUUGUCUGCUUCGUAG